GGGAGCGGAGGGAGCGAAUUUGAGGGUGCAUUAGCAAAACCUAAGGAUGACGACUUCUUGGAGUGAUCGGUUACAGAAUGCAGCCGAUAUGCCUGCUAAUAUGGACAGACAUGCCCUGAAAAAGUAUCGUCGGGAAGCCUAUCACCGGCCUUGUUCCUUAUCUUCCUCUAGGGUGUUUGUGAAUCGGAGUUUAGCCAUGGAGAAGAUAAAAUGCUUUGGUUUUGAUAUGGAUUACACUCUUGCUGUGUAUAAAUCCCCCGAAUAUGAAUCUCUUGGCUUCGACCUGACCGUUGAAAGAUUGGUUUCUAUCGGCUAUCCUCAGGAGCUGCUCAGUUUUGUCUAUGAUCCUGCUUUCCCUACCAGGGGGCUGGUGUUUGACACACUGUAUGGAAACCUGUUGAAAGUCGACGCAUAUGGAAACCUGUUGGUCUGUGCACACGGAUUUAACUUCAUACGAGGGCCAGAAACCCGGGAGCAGUACCCAAACAAAUUUAUUCAGCGAGAUGACACCGAUCGUUUUUACAUUCUAAACACCCUGUUCAACCUACCAGAGACCUACCUCUUGGCCUGCCUGGUAGACUUUUUUACUCACUGUGACAGGUACACCAGCUGUGACACCGGCUUCAAAGAUGGUGACCUCUUUAUGUCCUUCCGGAGUAUGUUCCAGGACGUGCGAGAUGCUGUUGAUUGGGUUCACUACAAGGGAUCCCUCAAGGAAAAGACAGUUGAGAAUCUGGAGAAAUACGUGGUGAAAGACGGAAAGCUGCCCUUGCUGCUGAGCCGAAUGAAGGAAGUCGGAAAGGUGUUUCUCGCCACAAACAGUGACUACAAAUACACUGAUAAAAUUAUGACUUAUUUGUUCGAUUUCCCACACGGCCCCAAGCCGGGGAGCCUGCAUCGCCCGUGGCAGUCCUAUUUCGACUUGAUCCUAGUGGACGCAAGGAAACCACUCUUCUUUGGGGAAGGCACGGUACUGCGACAGGUAGACACUAAAACAGGAAAAUUAAAAAUUGGCACCUAUACAGGCCCCCUGCAGCAUGGCAUAGUCUACUCGGGAGGUUCAUCCGAUACCAUCUGUGACCUUCUGGGUGCCAAAGGCAAGGAUAUAUUGUAUAUCGGAGACCACAUUUUCGGCGAUAUCUUAAAAUCUAAGAAAAGGCAGGGCUGGAGAACCUUCCUGGUGAUCCCUGAACUUGCCCAGGAGCUGCAUGUCUGGACUGACAAAAGCUCCCUUUUUGAAGAGCUCCAGAGCCUGGACAUCUUCUUGGCAGAACUGUACAAGCAUUUGGACAGCAGCAGCAACGAACGGCCCGACAUCAGUUCCAUCCAGAGGCGCAUUAAGAAAGUGACGCACGACAUGGACAUGUGCUACGGGAUGAUGGGAAGCCUGUUCCGUAGCGGGUCCCGCCAGACGCUUUUUGCCAGUCAGGUGAUGCGCUACGCAGACCUCUACGCGGCCUCGUUCAUCAACCUCCUCUACUACCCCUUCAGCUACCUCUUCAGGGCUGCCCACGUCCUGAUGCCUCACGAGUCAACAGUGGAGCACACGCACGUCGACAUCAAUGAGAUGGAAUCGCCCCUGGCCACCCGCAACCGCUCGUCGGUGGAUUUUAAGGACACCGACUAUAAACGGCACCAGUUGACCCGCUCUAUCAGUGAGAUUAAACCUCCCAACCUCUUCGCCCUGGCGCCCCAGGAAAUCACACACUGCCACGAUGAAGAUGAUGACGAGGAGGAGGAAGAGGAGGAGGAGUAAGGAACAAGCGCUCUGAAGCACAUCUUCCACUUGACCCGAUCUGGCCGUGCGGAGGAGAGAAGGGAGGAUCCCUGUUUGGGGAAGGGGGUGGGGAGGGUGACUCCGGGAGAGGCCCGCUGGCAAAAUUGGGAAAGAUUGUAAUCCAAGAUCCUCCUUUUAGUUGUAUCUAACUGCCUGUUUUGUAGAUGGUUCCCACAUGCAAUGGAGGCUGCAAGGGAAGAAACUGAGGCUGAAGUCAGAGUGAACUAGUGGCAUGCAGGGGGGGGGCCAGCGCUCUGGCCUCCUGUCCUCGGUUUGUACGUUGGGGGCUGCACUGCAGGGGGGCAGAGAAGGAAGGGAGGGAGACUGUCAGAAAAGGCUCUAGCUGACAUUUUGUCCUUCCCCCCAGCACUGUGUUUCGAUAAGGAAAACUUAUUUUUCUAGGAUUCGGUUUGCUCUUACCCUUUCCCUGUCUUAGAUGACAGGUAAGGCCCGCUGCUCUGUCAGAUGGGGAGAGCCGAGGCAUUCGGCUUGAACUUUUAGCCCCAACAGAAAGCUGCGGGGAUCUGCAGGCGCCAUACUGCAAGAGCCCCCUCUGUCUCGCUUUCACACUUGCCAGCAGCGGUUUACUCCGUCUCAAAGGAAACGUGAUUUCCAUUUCUGUGGUCCAGUCCCCGCGGAGUUCCACUAUUCCAAAAGAUGGGGGAGAGGGGCGGAGGAGAGGAACAAACUAUAGCGGUUACAGUUGGGAAGUGGGGAAAGAACUUUGGCCCAAAAAGAAAAUUUGAUCCACACCAAGAAGGAACGACUGGAGUCAACAUCCUUGGCUUUCCAAUGCGUGCUCCCUCCGUCCCUUCCUCUCUCUCUCUCCAAAACACGAGAGCCUAGCUCUGAAAACUGAGCGCUGCAUGCUAGGGACCUGGGUUCCACAGGCCCAAGAUCAUCAAUCGUAUUUAUUGAGCGCUUACUGUGUGCAGAGCACUGUACUAAGCGCUUAAUCAGCGUUCAAGUGUAGGGCACCAUCAGUUAGGCUGAAAAUAUCCAAGUGGUUUUGUAAUCUGAGUAUUUGGCCAGCGGGCAGCCGUGGGGCAUCUUCUACCUGGGGACGUGUCCGAUCCUAACCUGGAGUGGUGUAGCGAAACUUGUCAGUGAUGCCAUUGUGUUAAACAGAGGGUAGACAGUCUUUUCGUUUUACUCUAUUGCAUUUCUUUUUUUUCCAUUUUAGUAUUAUUGAAGCGUCAGCAGGAGAUGGGAAUGGUGGGUUAGCAGCUCUGUAUGUCAAUAAAAUGUAAUCUUUCUAGUAAA